AUGAUUGUGGAGGGCGGAGCGCACAGCUCCUUUGUAAGAAUACUCGAUGAGGACAUGCAGCACGGGAUGUGCGCAGAUCAAUCACGCAGCUUUGCAGUAGCUUCGCAAGUGCUUCGUAGCGAGCGCUCAACGAGAACCGUGACUACAUAA